AUGGCGGCGGGGGCGCGCGCGGCUAGUCCCGCCCUCCUGCCUCCGCUCAGCCAGCCAGGCCGCGGCAAGCGAAAGGCGGGAGUCAUGGCGGAGAGCGGCGCGGCGGUUGGGGACGCGGCGCCUUCUUCCUCCUCCUCCGAGGCGACCGGCGCCUGUCCCGGGCGCUGGGAGCGGCUGAGGGGGGCGGCCGGGCCCUGGGCUCGCACGGGGGCCUUGCUGGCGGCGCUCGGCCUCCUCUACUGCCUCAGGGGCCCGCUUCGGCUGCGGGACAACUUGGUGGCCGUGACUGUCUUCUUGAGCACGUUGACCCCAAAAUUCUAUGUUGCACUUACGGGGACUUCCUCUUUGAUAUCCGGCUUGAUAUUUAUAUUUGAAUGGUGGUAUUUCAGAAAAUAUGGCACUUCUUUCAUUGAGCAGGUAUCUGUGAGUCAUUUGCGACCACUGAUUGGAGGAGCAGAGAACACUACUUCUCCGCAGUCAAGUUUCUCUGCCACUAAUGGAGAAAGUGACACAAACAGGCAAAGUUUAUCAGAGUGCAAAGUAUGGAGAAACCCCCUCAAUCUGUUCAGAGGAGCAGAAUAUAGCAGAUACACAUGGGUGACUGGAAAGGAGCCACUCACAUAUUACGACAUGAACUUGUCUGCUCAGGAUCAUCAGACUUUUUUCACAUGUGAAACAGAUUCACUUAGGCCUUCAGAUGCAGUUAUGCAGAAGGCCUGGCGGGAGAGGAAUCCUCAGGCUCGAAUCAAAGCAGCAUAUCAAGCUUUAGAAUUAAAUACCGAGUGUGCAACUGCAUAUGUUCUCCUGGCUGAGGAAGAAGCAACUACAAUUGUGGAUGCUGAAAAGUAUUUCAAGCAGGCCCUGAGAGCUGGAGAAAACAUUUAUAGGAAGUCUCAGCAUUGUGGUUCGCAAAGUCCUCAACAUGAAGCUCAGCUUAGAAGAGACACCAAUGUACUGGUAUAUGUGAAAAGAAGACUAGCAAUGUGUUCAAGGAAGCUUGGAAGAAUUAAAGAAGCCGUAAAAAUGAUGAGAGAUUUAAUGAAAGAAUUUCCUCUCCUAAGUGUACUGAAUAUUCACGAAAACUUGCUAGAGGCCCUUCUGGAACUACAGGCUUAUGCUGAUGUCCAAGCAGUCUUGGCAAAGUAUGAUGAUAUCAGCCUUCCAAAAUCUGCAGCAAUAUGUUACACAGCAGCACUUCUAAAGGCCAGAGCAGUUUCAGAUAGGUUCUCUCCAGAAACAGCCUCAAGAAGAGGACUUAGUACAGCAGAGAUUAAUGCAGUAGAAGCAAUUCACAGAGCUGUUGAAUUUAACCCUCAUGUCCCAAAGUACUUAUUAGAAAUGAAAAGCUUAAUUUUACCUCCGGAACACAUCCUGAAACGUGGUGAUAGCGAAGCAGUGGCAUAUGCUUUCUUCCAUCUCCAGCACUGGAAAAGAAUAGAAGGGGCCCUUAAUCUCUUGCACUGUACAUGGGAAGGCACAUUUAGAAUGAUCCCAUAUCCAUUAGAGAAGGGACAUUUAUUCCAUCCCUAUCCCAGCUGUACAGAGACAGCAGACAGAGAGUUAUUACCAACAUUUCACGAUGUGUCCGUCUAUCCCCAGAAGGAGCUUCCUUUUUUCAUCCAUUUUACAGCCGGGCUGUGCUCUUUCACAGCAAUGUUAGCCCUCCUCACUCACCAGUUCCCUGAACUCAUGGUCAUUUUUGCAAAAGCUUUCUUUGGAACUCUCUUGUCACCUUUGAGCUUCAUGAUGGAGAAGAUUGAGCGCCUCAUGCCUGCUGGUCUCUGGCAUCAACUAACUCAAAUUUGAGAGGACCUCAAUGGUUGGGCCAGCCAUUGUUCUCAGGAACUCUACCAUCAGCACCCCCAAAACAACAGCACUUGCAGCUAAGGGUGUGAAGGAA